GACUCUCGGACUGGGACUCCUGUCGUUGGAAUCCCGGCAACAGAGCAAAAUAUGGAAGUAAAUAGCGUUUCCCAAGUAGCUGUUGGCAUUAGCUUGAGUGAUCCUUUAGCUGCUAGUGAAACUGUCAGCAGAAAAGCAUUAGACAAGCUUUGGUCCAUAUACACUGCUGGUAAUACAGUACCGAUCCCAUUCUUAAGGGCAACCGACAUAUCCCCAAUUGCACUCUUAUCCGACAACGUGCUUGGGGGAUGGCCUGGGGAUAGCAGCGGAAGCAUAGCUGUGGAGGCAAUGCAUGAGCUCUUUUCUGGUGACACCCAGCCUAAGAAGGGUAGAAGCAGACAAAAUGAGGUACCCCUUCCCCCAGGCGUGUAUCAGAGAUUGAAUUCCAGUCCGACUCUGAUGAAUCUUGCUCAGGCAUUAUCAUACCACAAAAUGUGCUAUGAGGAGAUGCCACUUCAAGAAAUGCAGGCAGUGCAGGAACAACAGACCAUUCAAAACCUCUCUGAUACCCUUCGGACUAUUCUACGCUUGUAGCUUUUCUAAUCUUUUAUUGAAAUAGAAUCUUGAUUGUGUCCUGUUGCAAGUAGUUUUUUGAGGUUUACUGACUGAAUUCCAUGCACACCAUUCUGAAGUAAUUAUUUUAUGC